CCCUCUCGGCCCCUCCCGGAGUCCGGGCCUCUGGGGUGGGGCUGCGGGCCGAGCCCCCCUUCUUCUCUGCUUUGGGAGUUCCUCGGGUUGGCCUCAGCGGGGGAUGGAGGGGAAACUGAGGCCCAGAGGGGACCCCGUAGUGCCAAGAGGGCCUGGAAAGGGGUAUCUCUCGCAGCGCCCUCAAAAUAGAAGUUAGAUGGUGGGGCCCCUAGCGCCCAGCCUGUCCCCGGGGUGUCCAGCCACGGGCCCGCUCCUUGAUCCGUUCCCGGGAGGCCCCGAAGCAGCGGGGAAACGCCCGGGCCAGGCCGGUGUCUGGAGGGCGGAGAAAGCCCGACGGCUUCCCUCCCUCCCUCCGUCUGUCAGUCCGAGUUGGCGCUGGGCCGAGCUGUGCCGACAGACCCUCCUAGUGGCAGUGACCUUGGGGCCCGGGCCAUGGGAGGUUCCGCCCCGGGGGACAGCUCGGAGCGCCUGUCUGAAGCCUGCGGCACUGAGGCCCCGCUCAGCUGCGGAGCCCUCGGAACUCCUCAGCCUGGCCCAGGCGGGAUGGGCCCGCGGCCUCAGGAAGGAAGGUGCCAUGAGGCCACUCCCUGGUGAUUACUCCUUGCUGGCAAACUAUGGGAGAAAUUGAAGGAACGUAUCGAGUCCUAGAGACUCCAGGAAGCCGAUUAGGGGGCCCGAAUCACACUGGGAUCAGCACUCUGGAGCCAGGGCAAAGUCUGUCCUCAGCAAUGGUGAAGACAUCAGCCAAACUGCAAGAGAAGGACCUUCCUAUUAAAGUGAGAUUGCUGGACAACACCACUGAAAUACUCCAUGUGGAGCCAAAAUGCUAUGGCCAGAUUCUGCUGACAGAGGUGUUUAAGCAUUUGAAUUUGAUUGAAUCAGAUUACUUUGGAUUGGAAUUCCAGAAUGUACAGUCUUAUUGGAUUUGGCUUGAACCAACAAAACCUAUCAUUAAGCAAGUACAAAGGCCAAGGAGCACGCUACUUCGGCUAGCUGUCAAGUUUUUCCCGCCUGACCCAGGACAAUUGCAGGAAGAGUAUACUAGAUACCUGUUUGCCCUGCAAAUCAAGAGAGACUUAAUGGAGGAAAGACUGCCCUGCAGUGACAGCACAGCCGCUCUCCUGACCUCUCACCUCUUGCAAUCGGAACUAGGGGACUAUGAAGAAGUUACAGACCGGGAACACCUUAAAACAAAUAAAUACGUGCCCCACCAAGACCGGAUUCAAGAGAGGAUCCUAGAAAACCAUCAAAAACACGUGGGCCAAACACCUGCUGAGUCCGAUUUCCAGGUACUUGAAAUUGCUCGGAAGUUAGAGAUGUACGGUAUCAGGUUUCACCUGGCCUCCGAUCGGGAGGGCACCAAAAUUAACCUGGCUGUUUCUCACAUGGGAGUCCUUGUAUUCCAGGGUAACACCAAAAUUAAUACCUUCAAUUGGUCCAAAGUCCGCAAACUGAGCUUUAAGAGGAAAAGAUUUCUUAUUAAACUUCACCCAGAAGUCCAUGGCCCACAUCAGGAUACGUUGGAAUUUCUCUUGGGGAGUCGAGAUGAGUGUAAGAACUUCUGGAAGAUCUGUGUCGAGUAUCACACCUUCUUCAGGCUCCUUGAUCAGCCCAAGCCAAAAGCCAAAGCAGUCUUCUUCAGCCGAGGGUCUUCGUUCCGAUACAGUGGGAGAACCCAAAGACAGCUGGUGGAUUAUGUGAAAGACAGCGGGAUGAAGAAAACGCCCUAUGAGAGAAGGCACAGCAAGGCCAGAAUCGCCAGUCGACCUUUGAGUAAAGAUGGGCCAAAACAGAGCAUCUCCUAUACCGAGGGCUCCCGACUGCCCGGCUCUCCGUGUUCCUCAGAUGCCUCCUUCCACCCGGGCCCUGCCGCUGACCUGCCCCCCUGCAUGGACAGCAGCCGUGCCUUUGUGGCCUCCAAGGCACCUCUGGCCAAAAGGAGCAGCGGCCCGUCCGCCGAAGAGGCCGAGCAGAAGGCGGGGCCGCCGGGCGGAUCUCCGCUCCUGCAGUCAUUCCAAGGCCUCUCGGAGGACAGCUCUCAGCAUUCUAACCUCACGUCAUCGAAGAGUUCCCUGAAUCUGCCCCCAAGCUUUCAGGUGGCUCUGAGCCCAACAGGACGGGGCUCUUCCCCUCUCCUCAGCCCCGUCCUGGGCGAUGCUGGUUGUGUACAAGUGGAAGAGGAAGAGGAGACGAGACCCAAGCGCGCCCCGACGGACAAGGCCUACUUUAUGGCCAAGGAGAUCCUGGCGACGGAGUGGACCUACUUGAAGGAUUUAGAAGUCAUCACGGUGUGGUUCCGCAGCGCCGUCAUCAAGGAGGAGGCCAUGCCCGGGCCGCUGAUGGCCCUGCUCUUCUCCAACAUCGACCCCAUCUACGAGUUCCACCGAGGCUUCCUGAAGGAGAUGGAGCAGCGCCUGGCCCUCUGGGAGGGAGCUUCGGGCGCCCACGAGAAAGGCGGCCCCCAGCACAUCGGCGACAUCCUGCUGAAGACCAUGCGCGGCCUGAAGGGCUUCACGGGCUGCCUGCAGAAGCACGCCGAGGUGCUGACGGAGCUGGAGAAGGCCACGAGAGGCCUCAAGAAGCUCGAGACGGUGUACCAGGAGUUCGAGCUGCAGAAGGUCUGCUACCUGCCCCUCAACAGCUUCCUCCUGAAGCCCAUCCAGAGGCUGAUCUACUACAAGCUGAGCCUGGCGCGCCUGUGCAAGCACUACCCGCCCGGCCACCCCGACUCCGCGGACUGCCAGAGUGCCCUCCACGAGAUCUCGGAGAUGACGGCCCGGCUGCAGAGCAGCCUCCUCCGCCUGGAGAACUUCCAGAAGCUCACCGAGCUGCAGCACGACCUGGUCGGCAUCGACAACCUCGUCAUCCCCGGCAGGGAGUUCAUCCGGGAAGGCUGCCUGUACAAGCUCACCAAGAAGGGCUUCCAGCAGAGAAUGUUCUUUCUGUUCUCGGACAUGCUGCUGUACACGAGCAAAGGCGUCACGGGCACGAACCACUUCAAGAUCCACGGCCAUCUGCCUUUGCAUGGCAUGCUGGUAGAAGAGAGCAACAACGAGUGGUCCGUGCCCCACUGCUUCACCAUCUACUCCGUUCAGAAGACCAUCGUUGUGGCGGCCAGCUCUCCCCUGGAGAUGGGCAAAUGGAUGAAUGACCUGAGCCUCGCCAUUGAGGUGGCCAAGUCCAGGGACAGGCCCUUCGUGCUGCUGGACAGCUCCGCAAACGGCAGUUCCUACAGACCCUCUGGCGAGGUCUCUCUAGAGCAGGAGUCAGAAGACGAGGCUCCCUCCUCCCAUAGCCCCCUGGACAGGCAGAGUCAGCAGCGGGCCAAUACCACCAUGCACGUGUGCUGGUACCGCAACACCAGCGUCUCCAUGACUGACCACAGUGUGGCCGUCGAGAACCAGCUGUCGGGGUACCUGCUGAGGAAGUUCAAGAACAGCAGCGGCUGGCAGAAGCUCUGGGUGGUCUUCACGAAUUUCUGCCUGUUUUUCUACAAAACGCACCAGGAUGAUUACCCGCUGGCCAGCCUGCCCCUGCUCGGCUACACGGUCAGCGUCCCCGGGCAGGCCGACGGCCUCCCCAAGGACUUUGUCUUCAAGCUUCAGUUCAAAUCUCACGUGUACUUCUUCAGGGCCGAGAGCAAGUACCCAUUCGAGAGGUGGAUGGAAGUGAUCAAGAGAGCAACCAAUUCUCCUGGGAGAAGCAGCCUGGCCACGGCCAGCAGUGACAAGGAUGCCCGCACAGGCUGACCCCUGGGAGGCCCCUGAGGGAGGCCGCGGCUGCAGCUGGUUAAUAAAGGGAAAAGCCGGGGCUCCUCGGUUGUGCGUGGGCGAAGGCCUGGGACCGGCCAGACCCUUUUUUGAAGCUGAAACUGAGACGGGAACGUGAUGGGGGACAAGUGGGGGAGCCGAGGCCGGGGGAGGGAGACGGGCCGGGGAUUUCAUGCCACUUGGCGAGUGAGGAGCGAAGGGGCUUGUCUGAGGUCCCCCAGGCAGCCUCUCAAACCUGGCUCCAGGUGGGGGGGGGCCACGGUCCUGCCCUCCCCGGGGUGGGGGCCACCCAGGAGCGGGGCUGCCCAGGCAUCACCUUCCAGCUCCAUGUGGGCGGGAGAGGCUGGGGGAGCUUUUCGUAUGUUGGUGUGGGGAAGGCGAUGUGGGAUGGCGCGGCCUCUGAAGGUCCUGCUUCCGAGCCUUUGUGUGGGGGGCAUCUUUGGACAGGGCGGUGCUGGUUCUGUACAGAGCUGAUCAGAUGAUCAGGCUGAGCGUGUGCCCCGGGCAGGGGUCACUUCCCUCUGGCUCCUGGCCUUGAGGGGCCCUUUGGCAGAGCCUGGGAGGCCCAGAGGGGGCCUCGAGGCAGGAGGGAAGUGGGGGAGGCCUGGGGACCCCCUUGUGUACCUCGUUUUAAUGUCCUGGCGUGGCCAGGCCGUGCGGUGAGGAAUAAAGACCUCCCUCUGCCAA